AUGCGGCUGUGCGGGGCGCUCCUGAAGAGCCCCGUCCCCAAACAAAUCGAGUACUACUCCCGCUUCUCCCCCUCGCCCCUCUCCAUCAAGCAGUUCCUCGACUUCGGUCGUGACAAUGCAUGUGAGAAGACUUCGUACAUGUUUCUGCGGAAGGAACUUCCUGUGCGACUAGCUAACACCAUGAGAGAAGUUAAUUUGUUGCCUGAAAAUUUACUGAACAGGCCUUCGGUUGGUCUAGUACAGAGCUGGUACAUGCAGAGUUUUCUUGAGCUUUUAGAAUAUGAAAAUAAAAGUCCCGAGGAUCCUCAUGUUCUGGAUGACUUUUUAGAUGUUUUAAUUAAAGUCAGGAACAGACACAAUGAUGUGGUUCCAACCAUGGCUCAAGGGGUGAUUGAAUACAAGGAAAAAUAUGGCUUUGAUCCAUUUGUUAGCAGUAACAUCCAGUACUUUCUAGACAGAUUCUACACCAACCGCAUCUCUUUCCGGAUGCUUAUUAACCAGCACACACUUCUCUUUGGUGGAGACAUUAAUCCUGCUCAUCCCAAACAUAUUGGAAGUAUUGAUCCUAAUUGUAAUGUGGCAGAGGUGGUUAAAGAUGCUUAUGAUACUGCUAAGAUGCUAUGUGAACAGUACUACACGGUGGCACCUGAUCUGGAGGUUGAAGAAUUCAAUGCUAAAGCUCCAAACAAGCCUAUUCAAGUAGUCUAUGUACCUUCUCAUUUGUUUCAUAUGUUAUUUGAAUUAUUCAAGAAUUCAAUGAGAGCUACAGUGGAACUGCAUGAAGGUAAGAGAGAAGUCUAUCCAUCGAUCAAAACCUUAGUCACUUUGGGAAAAGAAGAUCUGUCUAUUAAGAUAAGUGAUCAAGGUGGAGGUGUACCUCUAAGGAAGAUAGACAGAUUGUUUAACUACAUGUAUUCAACAGCACCCAGGCCUAGUUUGGAGCCCUCAAGAGCUGUGCCUUUGGCUGGGUUUGGCUAUGGCUUGCCAAUUUCUCGUCUGUACGCUAGGUACUUUCAAGGUGACCUUAAACUCUACUCAAUGGAAGGUGUUGGUUCAGAUGCUGUAAUUUAUUUGAAGGCCCUUUCAAGUGAAUCAUUUGAAAGACUUCCAGUUUUUAAUAAGUCAGCGUGGCGACACUACAAGACCACACCUGAAGCAGAUGAUUGGAGCAACCCUAGCAGUGAGCCAAGGGAUGCUUCUAAAUAUAAAGCUAAUCGAUAAAUUGCCACCUUUCUGUCUCUGUUGGAGAUGACCUCUGCAUUCAGUAUAAAGUCUCAGCUUUGUUCCAAAAUCCUUUAAACCACGAUAGCUCAAACACUUCCAAACAAAGAUCUAAUCAGGGCAUUUGGAAAAUCCUAAAGAACAAAGUGAUGAUUGGGACUUAAAAGGAAGGCACUAAGCACGUUUGGUAUGUGAAUCCCAUCUGCUCCACCAGAAUAUGCUUGGUUGCUUCAGUCAUGCAUUGACAAAAGGGGGUUGCACUGUGGUUGCACUUCAGAAUACAAUGUUGUAACAAACAAACAAAAAAAGAUACUGUUUGAAAUGGCCAAUUUUUGUUCCAAGGUGAGGAUUGGCAUGAAGUGCAGAAUCCCUUGAAAUGGUGAACAGCAUCUUGCACAGCAAUGUAGUGUAAGAAAAAUUUGUGAUGUAGUUAAACAUACACUUGGGAAAACCCACUCUUUGCUGCAUUUCAUAUUGCACAGUGUCUCACCUCUGACAGGGAAUCCUUUGGAGCUCUUCAGAUCUUCUGUCUAACGAGCUUAGUAAUAAAAAAAAAAAGGGUUGUGCAGCUUUUAAGUGAUGCUUUCCCCAAAAUUCCCAAAUCCAUUUGUCAAGUGCAUACAAACAUGGUGUUCUUGUAAGACAUUGGGACUUCCACUUCUUGGGAUGCACCUUAAGGAUUUGCUUGACACUCAAACAGAGAAACGAAUUUCGAUACAUUUUUUUCCUUGUUUUGAGGAAAGAACAGAAAGAAUUAGCUCAUUGCUCCAUACAAGAAAUUCUCUCAAUACAGGGGCAGGGUAAUUCCAGUUCAUGUUUAUUGCCUAUCUUUUUUUUUUUUUUUUUU